CUCAUCCCCUCGUGAUCUCUCAUCUCGCUCGCCACUCCCCCACCCAUCCCCUCCGCUUCUGUCCGUUUCUGCUCUCCCUCCCUUCCCCUUCCCUCCUCGGCGGCGGCGGCGGCGGCGGCAAUGGCGAUGGCCUCCACCCGAGCGCCUAGCAGCGCAGGGAGCCUCGCGCCGGGCAGGAGGACCCUCAGGCCGCGUUCCCCCGCCGGCCUCCCGGGCUUCCUCGGCCUCAGCCCUUCCAAGCCCACUCUGCGCCGCCCGCUCGCCCUCGUCUCCGGCGCCAGGCCCUGCCCGCCGCUGUUCAGGUGCGCGGCCUCCUCCUCCCCCGCGGCGGCGCGGCCGGCGUCGGCGCCGCGGUUCAUCCAGCACAAGAAGGAGGCCUUCUGGUUCUACCGCUUCCUCUCCAUCGUCUACGACCACGUCAUCAACCCGGGCCACUGGACCGAGGACAUGCGGGACGACGCGCUGCAGCCCGCCGACCUCCACAGCCGCAAGCUCAAGGUCGUCGACGUCGGCGGCGGCACGGGGUUCACCACGCUCGGCAUCGUCAAGCACGUCGAACCCGAGAACGUCACCUUGCUCGACCAGUCCCCGCACCAGCUCGAGAAGGCACGCCAGAAGGAGGCGCUCAACGGGGUCACCAUCAUCGAGGGCGACGCCGAGGACCUCCCCUUCCCCACCGACACCUUCGACCGAUACGUCUCCGCCGGCAGCAUUGAGUACUGGCCGGACCCCCAGCGGGGAAUCAAGGAAGCCUACAGGGUCCUGAGGCUCGGCGGAGUAGCUUGUUUGAUCGGCCCUGUGCACCCAACCUUUUGGCUGUCUCGCUUUUUCGCUGAUAUGUGGAUGCUGUUCCCCACUGAAGAGGAGUAUAUUGACUGGUUCAAGAAGGCAGGGUUUGAGGAUGUUAAACUGAAGAGAAUCGGACCAAAGUGGUACCGUGGUGUCCGUAGGCAUGGCCUGAUCAUGGGAUGCUCUGUGACGGGUGUCAAGAGAGAAAGAGGGGACUCCCCUUUGCAGCUUGGUCCGAAGGCUGAGGAUGUCAGCAAGCCUGUGAAUCCUAUCACCUUCUUCUUUCGCUUCCUCGUAGGAACGAUAUGUGCCGCAUACUAUGUUCUGGUGCCUAUUUACAUGUGGAUAAAGGACCAGAUUGUGCCCAAAGGCAUGCCAAUCUAAGAGAGGAAUUAAGCUGCGAUGAAGAGAGGAUAGCCAACACCUGAAUUAGGCUUCUCUAUAUUAGGCACUCCAUGUCUGUUUUUUGUUUACCUUUUGUAUUUCUUGUUCUCGUGUAUUUCUGUUACUGUGGUUCUUGUUUGUGUGGAGAAAUAAUAUUUAAGACUUUGAUUGAGAUCAACAGAACUCUUGAGCGUGAAAUGGCUCCUUUGUAGCAGUUCACUGUUUCUGAGUUAGAAUGAACCUGUAAUAUUUCUGUAAUCUGUAUUAUCGUUAUGCUAUUGGUAGAAAUAGGGGAUAUCUGAGUUGAUUUA